CUUUAUCCUAUCCUAGGUAUUCCUUAAAGAGGUGGGGUUUCAGGUGUCUCCGGAAGGUGGUGAUUGACUCCGUGUGUGUCCAUGUGUGUUUCAGACAAUCCCAUGAUUGUUUAAGAGCAGUGGUGGAAAAAGUACUUCAUUGUCAUACACGAGUAAAAGUAAAGAUACCUUAAUAGAAAAUGACUCCAGUAAUAGUGAAAUUCACCCAGUGAAAUACUACUUGAGUAAAAGUCUAAAAGUAUUUGGUUUUAAGUAUACUUAAGUAUCAAAAGUAAAUGUAAUUGCUAAAAUAUACUUAGGUAUCAAAAGUAAAAGUAUAAAUAAUUUCAAAUUCCUUAUUAAACAAACCAGACGGCACCAUUUGGUGUUGUUUUUUUAUCGGAUAGACAGGGGCACACCUCAACACUCAGAAAUCAUUUACAACACAGCAUGUGUGUUUAAUGAGUCCACCAGAUCAGAGGCAGUAGGGAUGACCAGGGAUGUUCUCUUGAUAAGUAUGUGAAUUGGACCAUUUUCCUUUCCUGCUAUUUAUUCUAAAUUUAAAAAGUACUUUUGGGUACAUUAUUUUCUUUAGGAAUGUAGUAAAGUAGAAGUAAAUGUUGUCCAAAAUAUCAAUACUAAAGUAAUGUACAGAUACCCCAAAAAACAAAUUAAGUAGUACAUUGAGGUAUUUUUACUUAAGUACUUUACACCACUGUUAGAGCCAUCUUGUAUGAAAGUGACACAAGGAUCAUUCUGUUCCUGGCCUGAUAAUGCUUGAUUAGAUAUUUUUAAAUAUCAUUUGUCAUGUUUACAUUAAGAAUUAUGUUUAUAUCUGAAAUCUUGUGUGUAGAGGAUAUGACAAAUACAUGGAUAAAAACUGAUUCUGGGGUUAGGGAUGGGUGUGUAUGUUCUAGAACAAUAACCGGAAAGGUCAGAGUUGAUGGCAAUGGUGUAAUUUAUGGGGCCAAGCAUUUAACAAUAUUGCUGAUGUUGAUGUUUCAGAUGCAGAAGAUUAACACACAUACGUUAACAUCUCCCCAUCCCGAGUGUCCCUUGUCUUGUGUUCUGUUGCUAAUGAUUUCAGUCAAUUCCAGGCCCCUUAACCUUUUAGUUUUAAGACCAUUCGGGAGGAGCUAGACAGCCACCACACAGGCCAGCAUUGAAAUUCUGCAUGUAUUGUCUCCCAAGUGGUGCAGCGAUCUUAGGCACUGCAUCGCAGUGCUUGAGGCAUCACUACAGACCAAGGUUCGAUCCCAGGUGGUUUCACAACCCACAGUCGCCGGGAGUCCCAUAGGGCGGCACACAAUUGGCCAAGCCUCGUACGGAUUAGGGGAGGGUUAUGGCCUCUGGGGCUUUAUUUGGCUCAUCGUGCUUUAGCGACUCCUUGUAGCGGGCCGGGCGUCCGCUGGUUGCCUUGCUACCAUCCCUAUGGUAACAGAUACUGUAUGCUCAGCACAGUCCAAGCUGAUCAUUACCCUGCCAGAGAAUGGGGAAUAUUCUAGAAGGGGACAGGUGAUGUGGAACGGGGAGAGGGCUGGACACAGAAUAAGUAACCUAAAAUAGCUGUUAUCCUUGUCGAACCAAUGGGAUGCCUGGUUUAGCAGUUGGCAUGGUGAUGUCACCACCUUUCAAGUCCUUGGUAAGGUUUGUGUGGCCUUCUUCUGUGUCUUGGCUCUACAAACAUUCAGCUGUGUUCAUUCUCCUGCGCUCAGUUUGUAUGCAUGUGUCUGUGAAUGUAUAUGUGUGUGAGUGUGUAUUGAACUUCAUGUGUUGAGCUGGAUUAGCCUCUUCUGCAUUGUGCAUCUAGUGCUGAGAAUACUCAACUGGGCUGCUGUGAAGCAUUGGCUCUUGAGGGACAAUGGUGUGGGUCAAGAGAGUCUCUCUCUUGCUCCUUCUGCUGGCUGUGAGAUGCGUAGCACUGGAAGAACCCAAGAAGAAUGAAUGUGUUGGUGGACAUCCAGGAAUACCAGGAGACCCAGGCCACAAUGGAAUGCCAGGCCGAGAUGGACGAGAUGGGUUCAGAGGUGACAAGGGUGAUCGAGGUGAAAUCGGCAUCACUGGACCAACUGGACAGAGUGGCCCCAAAGGAGACAAAGGGGAGCUGGGUACAGCUGGUCUGGCAGGAAUUAAGGGCAGACGGGGUGAGAAUGGAGAGAAGGGGCCACCGGGGAAGAUGGGGCCCCAAGGAGUCUCAGGGCCCAUAGGCCUAAAGGGCCAGAAGGGGGAGCUCGGGUUACCAGGAAUCCAGGGACCGAAAGGGGAUUUGGGGCCUCUGGGACCUGAAGGGCAGAAGGGGGAGAUCGGGCUCCAGGGGGACCGAGGCAUCCAGGGGCUUGGAACUCCAGGCCGACCAGGACCGAAGGGAAUCCUCGGCCCCCCAGGGUUCAAAGGCAACAUUGGUUACCGCGGAGAGCGAGGGAAUCUGGGCGAGACAGGGGAGAAGGGAGAGAAGGGGGACACAUUCUUCAUCCCAAAAAGCGCGUUCUCAGUGGGUCUAACCGAAUACACCAAACUCCCACCGGCUAACGCACCGAUCAGGUUUGACAAGGUGAUUUACAACCGGCAGGACCAUUAUGACCCACAGACCGGACGGUUCACCUGCGUGGUGGCUGGGGCCUACUACUUUACCUACCACAUCACUGUGUUCUCCCGUAAUGUAAAAGUAGCAUUAGUGAGAAACGGGGUGAAGGUGAUCCACACCAUGGAUAACUACCAGAGCAGUGAGGACCAGGCGGCAGGCGGGACUGUGUUGCACCUGGAGAAAGGGGACAAGGUGUGGCUGCAGGUGGCUGGAGGAGAGCUCUUCAACGGGCUGUUUGCUGAUGAAGAUGAUGAUACAACCUUCUCUGGGUUCCUUCUCUUUGGUGCAGAAUAGGGGUUAAGUCCACAUGGCUCAGUGAAGUAACACAGGAAAGUUACAAUACUGCCUGUUACAUAUGACGUUAAUAUUACUUUAAUAUGAAGUUAAGAUGACUUUAAUAUGAAGUUCACAUGACGUUAAUAGCCUAUCGUAUACAGUCAUUUUAGGCAAUGACAAAUAUGAACAUAAACGAAACAACAAUUUGUGUGUAAUAUUUUGAUGCUGCAACUGAUUUCGCUCGGCAAACUAUGACAGAUUUCCUGUGACAUGUGUUCUUGUAUCUUGUUUGAUUUCAAUAAAAUGUCAUACACUGUAAA